AUGGUCUAUCCGCUACUCCUCCUUCUAACCUUUCCACUAUUUUCCUACUCCCUCAACUCCGAUGGCUGUCUAACAACACAAUGUGUUGACACCAACCCUAACUACUGUAUCCAAGUCCUUUCAAAUGUGGUUAACGUAAGCCCAUGUCUAGCUGGUUAUCAAUGCUCAAGCUAUUCUCAACUCUCUACCUAUUCAGCCACCUGGAAAAACUCGACCUGUGUAAACUACAGCUUUAAAACUUAUGUAGACUUAUGCAACGACAGCACCUAUACAAAAACUCAAGCCCCAGGCGAUCAUUGCUGCCAAGAUUGGAACUGUGUGUCAGGCUUCUGCACUGAUGGAAUAUGUGAACCACAUGCCUAUAACAGCUAUUGCGAUUCACAUAGCAUUUGUAAGGCUGGCUCAUAUUGCUAUAACUUAACUAGCACUAGCAAUGGAUACUGCAAAACUACUUUAUCUGAAGGCUCAGCAUGCACAAAGGACUAUGAAUGCGACAUUGGCUAUGGCUGUAACCAAAAGAAAUGCACCAAGCUUUUCAGCAUCUAUUAUAGUGAGCAAGCUGAUGAUGCAAAAUUCUGUGUGAGCAAUUAUUUAACUUCUAACGGGUACUGUGAUGCUAUCAAGGUCUAUGCUAAUGGAAAACUUUUAGGACCUCCUUACCAAUGCAGAAUUGGCCACACUUGUACCUAUAAAAGUGUUGUCUAUGACGACGUGAUUGCCUCUGAGCCUUGCUUAUGUUCUGGAACUAACACUUCAAUUGGGUAUUGUGCGUCAUAUAUGUCUAUGGCUUAUGACCAUAUAGGAAGCCUUUACGAAGAUAUGCAAUAUUCUGAGAGCAAAUGUGCGGAAGAUAGAACUCAUAUUGGAGAUGUAGCAACUUUGUGGGCUUGUGGGUCUAUUUCGGAUGAUCAAUAUAACCAUUGGGUUCUUAUGAAUCAACAAUUCAGUUACUGGGCUCUUUAUCAAUCAGGAGUUAUUGAUAAUUGUGCGAAAAGUAUGGGAUUGUUUGACCCUGGUUAUGAAGAAGACGAUAGCGCAGUUUAUUUAGCUUUAGCGUCUUUAGCUUUAUAUUUAAGUUAA